AGAACGAUUGCAUUAUUGAUCUUUUGCGAAACAAGAACUGAUUGCAAUUUCGAAAUGGUUCUUUCAUAUUCUUCCUUUAGAAUUCCCCAAGUGUAGUAAUCUUUACGUUGCUUUUUAUCUGUGUUAGCAAUGACUGCGUAAAAUAUUUGAGUUAUUUCUGUCUUUAUGAGAAUUAUCAUUUAUGCCGUUGCCUAGCGAUGAAUUAUUUCCACUCCGCUUAUCUAAAAGAGCUUUUUUCAACUGUAAAAAAGUCCAACAGAACUUAGUGCGAUUCAUUUCAGCUGAAUUUAUGUUUAGAAAAGUGUUAGAAUUGUUUUUAUAACUUAAAAGCACGAUAUCUUAAGUUAGUGCUGUUUGGAAGUUUAUACAAGCAUGAAUAAAUUUAUUAUAUCGCUGAAAUAGCAUACCGCUGCUUUACACAACAAUUACACUACAAUGCUUGUGUGCCCUUGAUAUUUAUUUUCACACAAGCGGAAUUGUUCUUUUCUCUUUCUUUUGGGGAAAGGCAGUAUUCAGUUUUUUUACUUUAUUUUGAAGCAUAAACCAAGUUAUGGAUAGAAGAAACUAGUAUAAGUUGUAUAAUCUUCUGUAAGUAAAAUUGUAAUGUUUUGCAGUUUCCUCUUAAUUUUAUUUCACCUGCUUUGCACUAGGAAAUCUAUUUUCGAACAGUGAUUUUCGGAUAAUAUUUCACAAAAUUCAGGCUUAAAUUUGAGAUUAUAACAAUAAACAGAAUAAUGCAUUUCGGAGAACAAAUGAAACAUGUAUGUCUUCUUCAGGAAUUGAAAGUGUUCCGUAAGCGUAGUACUGUGAAUUCAUAAAUUUAGUGGAAGGCUAUAUAGCUCCAUCUAAGGGAAAAAAAAGAGUAAGCGAAAACCGGAUUCAUGAUAUUAAACCAAUAAAAGCAGUUCUACGUUUACGACUUGAUUUAAGGAAAAUAAACUGAAAAACCUUGGUGUUUAGCUACUUAAUAACUAAUAUGGUAUGAUUCCAUGCACAUCGAGCUUCAGCGAAUUUCACAAAUGACUCACAAAUCCGAAGUGGCAGAAUACCAAUGUAUAUGAUAUAAAUACUGUAAUAUUAAUUUUAGUUAUUUGAAACUCUAGUUUUUUGCUAGUACUGAAAUUUAGUUCCCUUUUUAGUCAUUAUCACCGACAGCAAUAUGCAAGGACAUCCACGAAAUAAAAAGGAAUUUUAGUGCUGUUCUGCUAAAUGCACAAAAUUUGUUCCUAAAAUACUGGGAACUAUUAACAAAAAAAGUAUACUGCGAUAAGCACAUUUAAGCAUGUGCUUAUCGCAGUAUACUAAAAAAAACAAAAAGAGAAUAUGAGCUACGUUCUAUUCAAAAGUUAAAGCGUUAUAAACUAAAUUCUAGCGUUAUGUUUAAAAGAUAAAAAUUUAUUAAUCAACAGUCAAUUAAUUUAUUAUAUAUUCAAUGGCAAUUUUGUGAUACAGCAAUUAACAGAAAAUAUUCCUAACGUAUAAAAGUAACCAGACUUUUCACAAGUUAUUGCAGAACAAGACAAUUUCGGAGGGAACAGAGGAUUUUUUUUCUUUUCUUUUGCUUUAAGCAUACUGUUAUUAUUACAAUAGCUAAUACUUUUAGUUGGGUUUUCUCAGUUAUUUACAUUUCGCAGUGAAGAGAUUUCUAAGGGAUGUAUACGGAUUUCUAAGAUAUGUAUAGAGACGUGAUCGUCAGAAGAGAUUUCACUUUAUAUUUAUUAUCGAAAUACACAAACGGAGUUCAGUUAUUAAUGCUACAGAUUUGAAACUAACAUGAUUAUUAUAAUACUGGGAAAAGUGUUUAAUUUUUCGGGUAUUUCAUAUUUUUCUGAAUAUAAUUUGUUAUCACAAGUGAUUCUUCAUCAAAAUAAUGUUUUUCACAGAAGAUUAGCUUUCUUCUACGUGUUUACUUUCAGCAAUGUUUCAGGUCACUCAUUUAAACUUUUUCCAGACGCUUCAAUUUCCUUUUCCAUUUUCCAAGUACGAAGAAAAAUAGUAAUAUAAUAGAAUCCAAAAAAGAAAUAGAAUUUCUGGAAACUAGAUUGUUUAUUUUCAUUUAAGAGGGAAAUCGUUUGGAAUCAUUGGAACUAUUUGGAUGGUUUCACUGUAAUAUGUGGGCAAUUAAACUCCAACUAAGGUAAUGAUUAUUUCAAACAAUACGAUUAUGUUUUUUUUUUUUUUUUUAGUCGUCGAAACUGUCUUAUUUCUCUAACCUUCAGAAGAAUAUGGUCUCACUAUCUCUAUCUUAGGAAACAAGUGUAAUAAAUAUAUAAAUAUCAAUUCAAUUUUCAUUAACCUUAAGAGAACUAGACAACAAAGUAAACAAUUUGGAGCUUAAAAUCAGAAACACAUCAAACUGAAAAUCAAUCAUAUGUCAUUAAUUAUGUAUUUAAUUAUUCUAUAGUUCAUUUAAAUAAAUAUCUUUUUAAAAAUGACAGAAUUAUCAUUUUAUUUCAUUUAUUUUGCUUUAUACUACCAGUUGCCCUUCCGAUUGCAUUAACCAGAAUUUUAUUGUACUGUUUUGCUUUCUAUGUGAAAUCACUUGCAAUUUAAUGUCUAAACAGUUAGUUAAAAAAAGAUGAUAUAGUUAUUGUUAUUCUGGAGAUAACUUUAAAAGCUUUUUUAUUGCACUGUUUCUUUAGAUGUCUUGAAAAAUACUCCAGUGGAAGUAUAUUUUGAUGUGUCCACAAUACCCUUCGGCGGAAUUGGAAUUUUUGCUGCGUCCAAAAUAGAAGAAAAAACUGUUAUCGGCCCACUUCCGGGCCGUCUCGUCAAUCCCUCAGACAAGAUUAUAGAUGACGCCUGGGAAAUUGCUGAUGAUAAUGGAAAUUUUUUCCAUUUACUGAAGAACGAAAAAGGUCAUACGGAAUCUUGGAUGAGUUAUAUUCAAUGUGCUAGACAUUUGCAAGAACAAAAUUUAGAAACUACACAGAUAGAUGGCGACAUUUACUAUCGGGUAAUAAGAAAUAUUACCGAAGAUAAUGAGCUAUUAGUAUGGUAUGGAUUCAAUAUAAAACAGUGCUUUGGAAUACCUUAUUUUGAGGAUAAAAGCAGUCCAGGAAAACAAAUUGAUGCAUUAACAGAUAAUUCCGAGAUUCAUCUACAACAAUUAGCUGAUGAAAAGAAAAAACUAAAUUGUGUAGUAUGCCAGAAAGGUUUUAAUUCCAGGAGUAACCUGAGGUCACACAUGCGUACACAUACCUUACAAAAACCUUUCAAAUGCAGUGUCUGCCAAAGAAGAUUCAGCCAAUCUUCAACGCUUCGGAACCACAUACGUUUACAUACAGGAGAAAGACCAUAUAAAUGUAACAUAUGCCUCAGUGCAUAUUCCCAACUGGCUGGAUUAAGAGCCCAUCAGAAAAGUUCACAGCAUCGUCCUACCAUACGAAAAACACAUUUAAUAAAUAAAUAACUUGGCCAUAAUGCAUGUCCAACAUAUUUAUAUACGAUGACUUAAAAGCAAAGGCAGAACCAUAAUCUUAUAUAUGUGGAAUGAUAUGCAAUGUACAAUGGUGUAAUUUUAUGUUGGAAAUUUUAAAAAUGAAUCUUACCAACUGGUCAGUUUAUAAAUGCAGUAUAUAUGGCAACUUUCGCACAAUGUUUUGUCCAAACACAUGAAGCUUUCAAUGUACAUAAAUAAAAAGCUAAUCUUUCAUGCUUUUAAUAAA